AUGUUCUCCUUCAUUUCUUGUUUGACUCCCAUGAUCAUCUUCAUCUUUUCCCUGGCUGUCGUAUCUCUUAGAGAUAAGAGUCUGUUCAAGCUAGUCAAGCCAUGGUGGCAACCGAAGAAAACACCUCCGAUCGUGGACUUAUUAACUCGAUAUGCUCCAGUCCAGGAUGCCGUCUUCGCGCAACUCGACAUAGCCGACGUCAUUUCGCUCAGUAAGACCACAAAGCCUUUCAUGGGCUUCGUCAAGCUGGUGGAGCGCACUCAAUUCAACAUCAACGACCGGUUGAAGCACUUCGUCACUUCUCCCAUCGAGUUCCGCGCUCUUCAAGCCCGACAUAACGUCCUCAUAGGACGAAAUUUCGCAUACGAAUUCAUGGCGAGAAAGCCGGUCGUAAAGACUGGCGGUAAAAUUGGGCUGUAUAGCCUCCUUGUUCAGAAAGGACCCAAUGCUGAUGCAUUACGCACCUUCCUCGAGAAAGAUGGCUAUGAACGUCUUGAUACUCCCACGCCCGAGGAUAAAGAGCUUUCAGUAAGUUCGAAUGCGCUCGGCUACUUCGUAUGA